CGCCGCGCGGGGCGGGGCUUCCCCGGGGAUCCCGGCUCCCCGCCCCGGCGGCGCACAUGAGCUGGCAGCGGCUGCUGGGCUGCGCCCUGGCCACGGCGCUGCGCAAAGGUCGUCUGUCUUGGGUUCCUCGUCCUUCAAGCAGUGAGAAAUGUAUUGGAUCCAACCUAUAGAAAAACACAUGUGGCUGGCCUGGUUUAGUCGGGGAUGACCCUGCCUUGAGCCUGGACCAGACGGCCUCCGAGGGUCCCUUCCAGCCCUCCUUUCCUGUAGCUGGUCAGAUGCCUCUCUCCCCUCCAGAGCACACCUGAGCAGCCUCCUUCCUUUGAUGGCAUUUGCAUUUGUGCUUGUCUGAGAACAGCUGGAGCUGCUUAAUUAUUUACCAGCCAUGCAGGGACCAAGGCCCGUCGUGCUGAGCGGCCCAUCAGGAGCAGGAAAGAGCACCUUGCUAAAGAAGCUGCUUAAAGACUAUGAAAACAUCUUUGGCUUCAGUGUCUCCCACACCACCCGGCAGCCGCGACCAGGAGAAGUGAAUGGCAAAGAUUACCACUUUGUGACCAGAGAAGAUAUGCUGAAGGACGUCAAUGCUGGCGAGUUUAUCGAGCACGCAGAGUUCUCUGGAAAUAUGUACGGAACAAGCAAAGCCGCCGUACAGGCCGUGCAGGCCCAGAACCAGAUCUGCGUGCUGGACGUUGACAUGCAGGGAGUCAAGAACAUCAAGAAGACAGAUCUGAAUCCCAUCUACAUCUCCAUCCAGCCUCCGUCCCUGGACGUCUUGGAAAAGAGACUGCGCGAGAGGCAGACGGAGACCGAGGAGAGUCUGCAGAAGCGGCUGAAGGCGGCUCAUGUCGACUUGGAACUUAGUAAGGAGCCUGGCCUUUUCAACUUGAUCAUUAUUAAUGACGACCUAGAAGUAGCCUACUUGACACUGAAGGAGAUUCUUGCAGAGGAAAUCAAGAAGGCCCAAGGACCCAAGAAGUCCUGAGUUCUGUCUGCUUGGACGUUUUAACAUUGUCUAUCAUUCCCCAGAUGCUUCACAGCUUUUUAUUCCAAGAGAGACAUUCCCUUUUGUCCUGAUCCCCUUCUGAGCAACAACAGGAUGUUAAUAUUAAAAGGCGACAGAAUGGCGCCCAGUCCAAACCAACCUUGCAUUUGUGUUAGCCAGGGGGUCCUGGCACUUCCUGGGUGUGUUUCUAAGUUGGUAUGAAGAGUCCAGGCAGGCAACUGAGAGCAGUUGUCCUUACUUCCCGACCAAAGGUCCCGUGAGUACCUCUGGGAUGCCCGGCUGCUGCUGCCAGUCUCUGCCCGUGUAACCGGAGCGUGUAGUGUACAUAGCAGUAAGCAGCAUCCUCCCCACCCCAGUACAAAAGGUGGGUAUGCUUGUCUCGUGCCACGGUUACCCGUGCCACCUGCUAAGGGGAACUGCUUGUCCCGUUUCCUCCUGCAAAGUGCUCUGUGGGACCAGGUCGCAGGAGGAGGCCGGCCAGUCUAGGAAAGGAAUUCAGAGCAAGGAUGGAGCAGAGCUGGGAUGGUGCCAGGGCUGGGAUCCUCCUUGCUUAGCCUUGGGGCUCCCCUUGUCUCUCUCUCCCUUCCUCUCCCCAACCCAGGGGACAUCGUCACGGUUCCUUCAGGUGUGUGCGAGACUCACGGUCUCUGCUUCCCACCCUGAGUCUCUGGCUGAUCCUGGGGCUGCUGCCUUGCACCUAGUCAGCAGAGCUCAGGCCGGGGAACCCUAGACCUGGCGCCAGGCCGCUCGGAAACAUCGCUCCCCGCCCAUCCCCGUUCCCAGUCCGCCGCGGACUCCGACCGCUUCCUGGCUCGUGCUAGGUGAUCUCAAAGGAGUUCCAGGGGAACGACAUCUUCCUCUCCCCUUCUCAGUCCUGAAUGCCUCUGGGGUGGAGGCAUGAAUGCUGCGGGCAGAUGUACAGCAUUGCAUAGUGAUGGAGGCAGGUAGGCUCCCAAGUCCCUAUAUUCGGACCUCUCUGAAGAGUUUCUUUCCAGGCGGUGUAGCCUUUAUUCCUGGCAAAACUGUAAAAUGUCCCCCUGAGGGUGCAAAUAAAUUCAUUUUUUCCAGUA